AUGUCGUCAGACCACCGCGGACAAGUUUUCUACCUCUCUCCCGAGUCUCUCAAGGUACUCAAGGCUGAGGCCUCGCCGAAUAAUGCGUCUAAGAUUCCAGACCAGAGUUGGGUCUCCACCAAUGACGCCCUGUCUACUCUCUUGUGGAGGACUGUGAUGGCGGUCCAAAAUCCCUUUGAGACGCUGGAAGGAGACCUGAUGUCCGUCUUCAACAUCGCCAUCGACGGACAACCGCGGACCGACCCUCCGGUACAUCCUGCACUCUGGGCUGCGUCUUGGACCCUGCUGAUGCUCAAGGCUCUCAUCCUUGCAGACAAGCAGUUCACUGGAGACGUGGUGGCUCUGGUGGAGGCGCUCGACAACGUGGACCGGAUAUUUGCGACAAUGGAGCAUCAUAACGGACGUUCGUUCUACCUUGGAUAUGCAAAGAUAUACGGAUUCGAAUUUCAGGAAUUGCCUCUCCCAAUUCCCAACGCCUUCUGUGCUAUCAAAGUUCUCGACUACAACUAA